AUGGCGAAUUACCUCGCCUCCAUCUUCGGAACCGAGCAAGACAAGGUCAACUGCUCUUUCUACUACAAGAUCGGCGCGUGCCGUCACGGCGACCGCUGCUCGCGCAAGCACGUCAAGCCGUCGUACAGCCAGACGAUUCUCCUGCCCAACCUGUACCAGAACCCGGCCUACGACCCCAAGAACAAGAUGAACCCGCAGCAGAUGCAGAUGCACUUUGACGCCUUUUACGAGGACAUUUGGUGCGAGCUGUGCCAGUACGGCCUGGUCGAGGAGCUGGUUGUGUGCGACAACAACAACGACCAUCUGAUUGGCAACGUCUACGUGCGCUUCAAGUACGAAGAAGACGCGCAAAAAGCCUGCGACGCACUGAACUCGCGCUGGUACGCCGGCCGCCCCAUCUAUUGCGAGCUAUCCCCCGUGACCGACUUCCGGGAAGCGUGCUGUAGGCUAAAUAGCGGAGAGGGCUGUGUGCGCGGUGGCUUCUGCAACUUCAUACAUAGGAAGGAACCCACCGCCGAGCUGGACCGCGAGCUGGACAUGUGCACGAGGAAGUGGCUGCAAGAGAGAGGACGCGACGCGAGGAGUAUGAGCAAGAGUCCCACGCCGCCUGCGAAGAGGUUUUAG